AUGAAUGCAAAACGUGUAUCAGCAUCUCACUUACAAGUCACAGGUCGACGCCGCAAGAUAAAAUGCAACUACCCAAGUCGAUCUGAUUCGCCCCCCGAUACUCUUCCAACCAGGUCCAACGUCAUUGGCAAUGCCACCGGCGACCCGACGACGAUAUCUCCCACGACGUCAACCGGCGCCACAACUCCAAGUACGAGCGCCGACAUGAAAUGUAUCGAAUGUCUCAAGUACAACCGCGUGUGCGAAAUACAGGGCUAUGUGGACCCGAAGCCUGAUAUUUCGGAGUCGAAUGGAGUCUCACGAUCCAGGAAGCAAAUCUACAAGCGCCGGAGAGAGGCCACGGACAGUUCAGCCUCGCCGGAUCAUGACAGACGUGUUAAGGUCCGCGUGCAUAGAAUGCACUCCAUGGUCGAGAGGCUUGCUCGAGAACGGGGAUUGCAUUCGGCAUCUGCAACGAAUGGCUCACAUUAUCUUACCAGAAGGUCUGAAGCGUCUGGUUCUGACGGAACUCGGUCGAUGCCUGUAGGUGAAGAGCCCAGCGAGGCUCAGACACCCAAAUCGCUAGCGUCCCAUGGAGGCUCGCAGGCAGAGCGAGCUUCGAGGCUGCCGAAGUCAAGUAGACAAAAAGGCGCCCUCCCAACAAUCAAAGCCGGCGAAGAGUCGAUAGAGGAGCAGAGCCCGCUCCUCUCACAGCUAUUCAAUAACGAAGUGUUCACACAAACUCCCUACACUCCGGCAGUCCUCAUCGAGAAGAAACGUGUCCUCAGCUUCUUGGAUGGCGACUCUUCAACAGAUGUCGAGAAACUUCGCUCCACAAUCGCUUCGGAGCCGGACAUUUUCAAGGCCCUCGACAUCUGUGCGCACUGGUGGGUUGCCUGGCGUGACCAGGCAUUUGCUCUGCAUGAGGCAUUCUUCCAGCCGGCAUUGUCAACGGAGUCCUCCAGAUCAGGAUGGUUUGGCUCAUUUAACGAGCGUAUAAGCUCUAGAUUAAACCUCCGCAGCCAACCGACGCAAGUUUCGCUCCAGGAUUUCGUACGCAUAAAGCUCUCCCAGGACACCGCUGUCUCCGUCGCCACCGGUCUUUUCUGCAUUGUCAUGUCAUUGCAGCAGCUCCGACCUGGCGUGGACGAUCUCGAUCUCCACCUAUCUACCUCACCGGCCGACCUGGCCGAACGGAUCGUCAUGGCUGUCGAUGCCAUACUUCUCUCUCGUUCCUCGAAUCCAGCUUACAGACGUGAACCGGGCAUCUUACUUCUGUUCAUGAUGCGAGCGAAGAUGUAUGCCGAGACACACCAGCUCCGUAAAUCAUGGCUGAUGAUCCGGAGAGCGACUGAGACCACAAAAGCAAUUGGUUUCACCGACGUCAAGAACCUCCCCAGCUUGUCUCCAGACAGUUCGAGUCCAACGGAGGAGGAAAUCAAUCUAUUCCAUCGGCAGCGCUUUGUCGGCUCCAUCCUCGAGCUCGAGCGCCUGAUGAGUAUGGUAUUAGGCCUCCCGCACGCCGAGGACGAGAACUUUUCCGACCGUCUAGCUCUUGCCGUGCUCAGAGGUGAGAUCCCAGUGCCGGGCCAGGACCGUGAGGCACCACCACCGGCCGAUAUCAAGAUGCGUGCACUGCGCCGAGUUGUGGCCGUGGCAGCAGGCCGUGUCAAUGACCGCAACGCCAGCUCUGAAUCGCUGGAAACGAAGCUCGAAGCUACAAUGAAGAUCCAAAACACUCUGGACGAGGCCACGAGCGCGAUGCCUGCAGGCUGGUGGAAUGAGAACUCCCACCUGCAGUAUUCUGACCAAUUCGCUGCCUACGAGCAUCUCCAUACACAGAUGUGGUAUUGGCAGGUCCAAGCCUUCCUUCACAUGCCAUUCAUGCUGACGCCGGCGUCCACCUCUCCUCAGGCCAAUGUCUUCUCUUCGACUGACCGCAAUCGCGACCGCCAUCACAUUCCUGCAUCCCCGGACCCUUACCUGCUGAACAGAUACCUCUGUCUUCAGGGCUGUCGCAACAUGCUCUGCGUCUUCAACCUGCUGCGUUCGGAGCCGUCGCUGGCCGUGUACAUCUGUCCCUGCGAGGACUUCCAAGGUGUCUUCAGCGCCUGUAUUCUCAUGGUCGGCUUGCUUCUACACCGGACCUAUCCGCAUUCGCUCGCUCCCACGCCCACGCUCUCCACUGCCGCGGCUCCCGCAGUGGCCAAUCUAGAUACUGAUCUUGCCCUCAUUGAGGACGUCAAGGAUGUCUUCCGUUAUCGAGCACCGCAGCAGGGCGGUGGUAUUAGCAAACAGGGGCUCAGGGUGCUUGAGGUGCUGGGCUCGUUUCUGGUGGAGGACUUUGAAAGCACUGCUUCCAGAACGAGGACGGUGGUUCUGCCAUAUUUCGGUGCGAUUCAUCUUCAAACCAAACAAGCUGUCUCUACGGAGGACCCAGUCAAGGGCGCAAUUGCAACGGAUCACCAAGACCUCUCACAAGGGUCGUCGCUGCCAGAAUCGGAUCUGUAUGAAGAUGCCACAUUCCAGUUUCCGAUGGAGGACUUUGACCUGAACUGGGAUCAGUUCAUGUUCGGCGAUGAGCUGGGCCAAGAUUGGAAUCUUGAUACCCCUGACUUCCCGAUAGAAGAUGGUCAGUGGGAAUAG